CCAGGACUGAACUUUUGCAACGUCACAGUCAAGAUCACUCGCCCAGACCUGGGGGACCUUACCACCAUUUCAGUCUGGCUACCUCCCCAGCCGAGCUGGAAUGGACGCUUCAUGGCCACAGGCGGUGGCGGAUGGGCAUCUGGCAACUUCAAUCCAAGCCUGGGCCAAGCAAUCGAGCAAGGGUUUGCCGCCGCCUCAACCGAUGGCGGUCACGCCUGGGCAAGACCUAAUUCAGACGUCGAUCCCACGCCCUGGGCACUCAAGGAGGACGGCUCGAUCAACUGGGGUCUGCUGCACAACUUUGCCGGCCGAUCGGCCCACGAUAUGGGAGUCGUGGGAAAGGCAGUGACCGAAGCAUACUACGGAGUCAAGCCUCACCACUCUUACUGGCUCGGAUGUUCCAACGGUGGCAGGCAGGGGAUGGCUGUGGCCCAGCAAUAUCCGAAGGAUUUCGACGGCAUCCUUGCUGCUGCACCUGGUCUGAACUUUCCUGAGCUACAGAUGGCCAGCCUGUGGCCGCAGGUGGUCAUGAAGGAAGCAGGUGUCUAUCCUUCGGCUUGCGAGCUUGACUACUUCAUGGACCUGGCUCUGGAGCAGUGUGACGCACUGGACGGCCUGGCCGACGGCAUCAUACAGAGCAUUGAUGACUGCAAGUUUGACCCGUUCCAGGCCGUCGGCCGAACGAUCCAAUGCGAUGACUCGUCGGUCAUCAUCAACAAUGCAACGGCAGCGAUCGUGGCUAAGAUAACUGCCGGUCCCACAUCACCAGAUGGUGAGAAUCUGUGGUUUGGGAUCCCACCCAGCUGCCAGAUUUCAGGUCUUGCUGCCACCAAGGUUUCGCCUACUACUGGCCAGCGCGUGGGGGCUCCCUUCUUCGUCACCACUGGCUGGGUCAAGGCAUUCCUGCAACGAGACCUCGCCUAUGAUGUCACCCAAGUUGGGCAAAGAGAGUACGCCUGGCUUUUCACGCAAACUCUACUGCAAUUCGGAUGGCUUCUCGGCUCCAACAACCCAGACUUGUCUGGUCUUCGGGACGCUGGUAACAAGCUGCUAUCUUGGCACGGCAUGUUAGACGAGCUGAUUCCUUAUAAGAGCAUCGUGCAGUACCGGGAGCGCGUCGAGGAGAUGGCUGGGGGCGCUGAUGCCGCCGAUGAGUUCUUCCGUCUCUUUUUGGCUCCCGGUGUGAAGCAUUGCGCUUUUGGAAACGGACCCGUGCCGGUCGACCCGAUCAAUGCCCUAGUUGCUUGGGUUGAAGAAGGCAUUCCGCCCAAGACCCUCCCUGCGGAAAUAACAUCGGACGGGUCGCUCAUCAAGAGGGAACUCUGUCUCUACCCACGCAAGAUACACUAUACCAGUGGUGACCCUGCGAAACCCGAAAGCUGGACCUGC